AUGCUGGAGUGGCAAACGUCCCGUGUCUCUACUGGAACCAGACCGUCCAGCACCGCUUCAACACACAUUCCGACCUGUCCGGAGAACUGGGACUCGGGAACCAUAACUACUGCAGGAAUCCGGAUUCUGAUGUCCAGCCUUGGUGCUACGUAUCCGAGACGGAGGAUGGACAAUACUGGAAGUUCUGUGAUAUCCCAACAUGCCACAUGCCCGGCUACAUGGGGUGCUUCGCGGACUACGGCGCACCUCCCCCCGCUCUCUCCGGUUCCAGCGGGACUUCAGGAAAACUCACCAUCCAAACCUGCAUCCAGUUCUGCCGUGUCCGGGGCUACCAGUAUGCAGGUCUGGAGGCGGGUUACGCCUGCUUCUGCGGCAGUCCUUCCGAUGUGUCCUCAUUGCAGAGGGUUAGCAGCUCCUUGUGUGACCAUACAUGCUUUGGGAAGGCCAGCGAGGUCUGCGGUGGGGACGGGAAUCUCAGCGUGUAUAGCACGUGGAUCGGGGCCUGCAGCGGGAACUUUUCUUCUCCAUCUGGGGUCCUGUACUCUCCGGAUUAUCCUGAUGAAUACAGUCCCAGCAGUACAUGUUCAUGGGAUAUUCACAUCCCGGGAGCUGCCUCUAUGGAGAUCAGGUUUCAUAUCUUUCAUGUUGAAGAUCCAAAUGAUGUUCUGGAGGUGA